UUAAAGUAACAAACCCAUUUUUUGUACCUUUCUAGGCCUCUUUGAAGAGGCACCAUACAACGUAGCUUUCCCCUGGGAUUCCUCAAAAACUUCAAGCUAAUAAUGCCCCUCCUCUGUUCGCUGAAUGAGGAAGUUUACAUAGAGACUGGGAGUGACUUGGUCAGUUUUCAGACGCAAACGCUUUCAGUUAAUAGUCAGAAGUUAACAAUGAAGCGAGUGGAAAUCUUGAUGCUAAUCUAGAGACUUGUCAACGCGAAGUAACUGCUAUCCACUGGAUAGUAUUCAGACAGACGGAUUUUCACCGGAGAAAAAAUGGCUUCAACUUUAGAUGACGACAAUGAUGUCUACUGUGUCGUGUGCCAAGACGUCCUUAGGAACCCUGUUGCCCUUUCAUGUAAUCACGUCUUCUGUGAAGUCUGUGUGCAGAAAUUCUGGAAGAGUAAACGAUGCAGAGAAUGUCCACUCUGCAGGGGGAGGUCGUCAAGGGAACGCCCUCCUCUUCCUCUUCCAAAUCCGAUCUCAGGGGAGCUCUGCAGACGGAACAGUGAGGAACUCAAGCUCUUCUGUGUGAAGGAUGACCAGCCUGUGUGUCUAGUGUAUCGACCCUCAAGAGAACACACCAGCCACACGUUACAGGCAGCAGCUGCCCUAAAGGAGGAAAUGAAGAUUAUCUUAGAGUGCAUAAAGGAGAAGGUAAAGAUCUACGAAGAAGAAAAAGCCACCCGAGACCAAACAGCAGAAGACGUUAAGACUCAGGCCCGACACACAGAGAAGCAGAUACAUGAGGAGUUUGAGAAGCUUCACCAGUUUCUACGAGAUGAAGAGGCAGCCAGGAUAGCUGCACUGAGGGAGGAAGAGGAGCAGAAUAGUCAGAUGAUGAAGGAGAAGAUUGAGGAUAUGAGCAGAGUGAUCUCAUAUCGUUCAGGCACCAUCAGAGCCAUAGAAGAGAAGAUGAGUACUGAUGACAUCAAUGUCCUGCAGAACUACAAGAGCGUAUUGGAAAGAGCCCAGUGCACACUGCAGGAUCCAGAGAGGGUUUCAGGACCUGUCAUCAAUGUGGCAAAGCACCUGGACAACCUCAAGUUCAGUGUCUGGAUGAAGAUGAGGAAGAUCGUUCAGUGCACUCCUGUGACUCUGGAUCCCACAUCUGCUCACCCGGAUCUCCUUCUGUCUGAGGAUCUGACCAGUGUGAGAUAUAUGAGUCAGAACAUAUUUAGGUUUGAUAAGUUUCACAGUGUCGUGGGCUCUGAGGGCUUUAAUACAGGGACUCACUGCUGGGAUGUGGAGGUUGGAGAGUGCCCAAGGUGGACUGUGGGUGUGAUGAUGAGCUUUGCCCAGAAAUGGGGAGACUACGUCACUUUGAACGGACGCUUGUUCAUGUGGUAUAAGGAUGGUCAGUAUGGAGCCGGUCAUUCCGGCACCCCAACACCCUCCACUCUCCUCACAGUGCAGCAGAAACUCCAGAGGAUCAGAGUGCAGCUGGACUGUGACAAAGAAGAGCUGUCCUUCCAUGACCUUGAUAAUAACACACACCUACACACUCUCUCCGGGCUCUGUGCGCCUCAUCACCAUUUCUGCAGAUCGUCCGAGAAAGCGUUUCCAUACUUUAAUCUGGGCUGUGUUAACUCCUCUCUGAGGAUCCUACCAGCGAGUCCUCAGUAGCAUCAGAGCAGCACUGAUGGAGCUGAUGGUGUCUCUGGCUGCACUCUCAUAAGGCCAGUAUGCAUUUCACUGUGGAUUCAAUCCUAACUUGGACAGUGGGAAGUAGAAGUGUGUUUCAUAAAGAAGUCUGGAAGGGUC